ACGCGCCUUCCCUACGGUGCCUUUCCCCAUCCUCCCAAUCCCCGCUCUGUCUCGGGUGGUACGGCCCGGUUGCCAUGCCGACUCCUUGUACACCAUCAAUGGGAGCCGGCUGGGAGGGGGGAAGAUGGCCACUUUGGCCAGGCUGCAAGCGAGGCUGCCGCUCUUCAAGGGGGAGUAUUACUCUAGGAACAGAUGCGUAGAUGAAUAUAGAAAAACAGAAUAUUAUGCUGCUGUAAAAAUUCAGAGUUGGUUUCGAGGAUGCAAAGUCCGAGCGUAUAUCCGGUAUCUGAACAAAAUGAUGGUUUUUAUUCAGAAAUGGUGGCGGGGUUAUCAAGGAAGACAAAAAUUCAGAGAAAUGGUGGAGACAGCAUAUUUUAUUAUGAAGAUGAAUUUCUACAAUGAAAUGGCUGUCAGGAUUCAGAAAAGAUGGCGAGGCUAUUACGUGCGAAAAUAUAUCCAUAAUUAUUAUGCACUGAAGAAGUACCUGGAAGCUAUUGCUUUGAAUAAUGAGCUGGUCAGGAGAGAACUGGAAGAGUUUGCAGAGAUGAAGGAAAAAGAGGAACGGAAAAAAGCCCUCGAAAGAGAAAAAAGGAAAAAGGAUUACCUCGCCCAAAAGAUGCAUUACCUCCUUAGCACUGUGCAGAUUGCAGGAAUAUACAACUCGCCCUACAGGAAAUCACCGGAUCCAAUGGAAUUGGAAUUAAGGAAAGCAAAACCUUUGAGGCACAAGAAGAAAAAGGUCAAGAAGGAUGCUGUCGAUCUCCACUGGCAUACUUAUUCUGAUUCAUUUGGCUUCCAACGAGAGCCAGCUCUUCCUCCUAUUGGGAGACAAAAACCUCAGGGCCCAUUUCGUGAUCCUGUUGAAGUGUUGCAGCAACGCUAUAAGCCUUUGGAUCCAUCUCUGCAGGUGGCAGCUUCAAACGUUUCCCUGGAGCUUGCCAGAGAAAAAAUUAAACAAGAAGAGUGGAGAAACCGUGUACAUGAUGAUGUGUUUUUGCCAUUUUCAGGCCACAGAGUUGAUACGUAUGUACCAUCAAUCCAAAGAGCAAGUAAAUAUGGUCAAUCGAGUUACGGGCUCAAACACUUCCGGGAAAAACACCCAGAGAAAUGGAUAACAAAUAAGGACUUCUUAACCGUGCUACCAUCGAUUCCUCUGUUUGCAAAGUUUGGCCAAGCCUAUUCCAGAGCUGGAGCAGUAGUGUGAUUUCUCUACCAACCCAGUCUACGAUUUUUUAAACACUUGAAAUAAAGGGGUUUUUUGUUUGUUUUUUUGAAAAUGUGAAGCAAAGCAAUUACUUAUGAUUGCCAUGUACUACCUGCAGACAAUCCUAGUUUUGGAAUUCUGAAAUAAUGGUUCUAAGCAGCCAGCAAGUUACAUCAUGCAGCAUUUUGUGUGUGAAGGACAUCCACAGAGACAGAUCUCCAUCUUCAGAAAUUCUUAACUGUAGGUAUUUCUAGUCAGUUUUCUCUGUUAGCAAGAUUGCAGAUCAAAGUAACUGGUGGAAUAAACUCAACGAUCUGAAGAAUUAAAUCAAUUUACUUACUCAGGUAAGAGAUGUAGCCCUUUUUCUGUGGGAAAAAUAAAUGAAUAAAAAAUGCUUACCCUGUUAAUAAUGCAUUAUCAUCUCCCUAUGAUUGAAAUGAUCAGUUGAUAAUGUGAUGUAAUACUCAUAUUGGCAAAGCACCAUGAGGUGAAUAUAUAUGCACCCCAUUCCUAAAUAUACUUGCUAGUGAGUAAGUCCCUUUUAAUUUCAUUGAAAAUAUCAGGGCUGCCAUGGGAAAUAGUCAUGUUGUCCACCCGGCUCCUCACAUGGUUCUCAGUUCCUGAUGUUACUCCUAUAGUCUCUUGCACUCUUUCUCUUUCUCUAUUGCUGAUCCUUGUAUCUUUUUUUUUAUUACGGGCACAGAGGGCAUUCAGGGUUUAUGUCACCAGUUUAGCGUCAAUAUAGAAUUUUCUUGCUCCCCUGAUCUGCUUCUUAGGUAUUCCUAGUACAUAGAACUGGGAUGAAGAGCCCUCACAGAAGUUGAGCCCUCACACAGGCAAAUUCUUAAAUGCUAGGGUAGACUCAGCCAUAUUAUUUUACAAACUUCCAUAGUUAUCAGGCAACAUCAGAUAACAUCAGCAAAGACACGAAGAACAGAGAAAUCAACCUCUCAGGGGCAGGUGCAACACAUUCAUCAUUUUCUAAAUGACAGCAGUACAAAUCAAAUAUGUCAGGCAUUUUUUUUCCCAAGCAUAUUUGGCUGCCUUUUUGUACUUUUGAGGAGCUGAUCAAAUUCAAACUUUUGAAAGUUUCGUAUUUAUGUCCUGCAGCGGGAAACGAAGGUCCUUUAAUUCUGGUAAGUGAGGGACGCAACCCGAGCAAGUUAAUUUUGCCAAAUAUAUCGGAGUGCUUUUGUUCUUUGUUCAGGGGGCUGAACGGAAGACACUCGCACAAAGGUGUUGAUGAAUAAGGGAUGCCAUAGUAAUUUUUAGAUGUGAGGGCUAUCUCUUUGAUUGCUCCAGCUUCAAGGUAGUUCAUCUCUUCAUGAUAAUUCACCCUGUGUUGUUACUUAUCUUUCUACCACAUUUUCCCAUCAGUCCGAUUAGAACUGGCAAUGCCUUUAUCAGAUUAAUCUUUCUUUCUUGGUUUCUUUUAAAUAUCUCUGACCCCAAGAUAAACAUAACCUAUGCCAAGCAAGCCAUCACUGAAGCUGCUGGAGUUUUCAGUUGCUGAUGAUACUCUGCAUAUAUUAAGGUUAAAAAGAGUACUUCCAAUUCACUCUAAUCCACUCACUCAUCUAUUGUGUGGCCUUUUUUUCAAUCUCUUUUCUUUUCUUCCUCCCAAACAGGGCAAUUUUAAUAAUCCUUUCCAUGUGCAAAAAUAUGCCUGCGAUUUUUAUGAGACAGACUUAGGAGAUGACUACACUAUACCCAUUUUUCACUAAUGUAAUUUUGUAGGAAAGAGUGCACUUAAAAGCAAUGGAUAUGGAUGUUAUUUAUUUCAGAAAUUCAUGCCCGUGUCUACCUCCAGGCAUAUCUUACUACAACUACCGCUUUGCAAGCUGAAGGCUGGAAUCCUUCCUCUAACUGCUCGGCUAGGAGUUGUUAAACCACAACUGAGGCAAUUAAAUAGCUUAAAAGAAGAAGAAUGGAAAAGGGCCCUUAGUGUCACUUCCACUUCCUUCUGAUUAAAGAACAGUAUUAGUUCUUAACUUGGCAAUUCAGUUAUUUAUUUAAAAUGCUUUUAUUCUCUUGUUCUGGUAUUUGGCCCCCAUCUCACUACUGAUUAUGCUACCAGAAGAACAACAGUGUCUGAAUUUUGGGAACAGGUUCAGGAAAAAAAAACUUUUCCAAUUUGGGGAUUGUGGAAUAGCUCAGUUUACCCAAAUCAAACCAGGGUACGUUCACCCUAGACCAGUUUUAACUGUGAGCUGGACAAAAUUAUGAUGGACCUUAUAUUAUGACUGACACCUGAGCAAUAGAGGACAAGCCAAGUCAUUGUCACAAGUACACAACAUUUUAAAAUGUCAGCAAAAGCAUCUUUGGGGCAGCAUGGUAUAAAACAAAACUACUCUUCCUGCCCAUUAUUCAACCUCUACCUUUCGUUAUAAUUAUGGUUUAUGGUGACAACUGAGAUAUGAAUCAAUAUAUGGCACCGUGGCAGUUUCAAGGUCCCAUCGUUUACACAUUUCCUGGUAAUACGAGUCAUGGCAAAAUCGCAUCCAUUGCAGAACAGCCUUCUCUCAUUCUAAGUAAAUCAGAAACUUUGUGACCUUUUGAGUCUUUACCAAGAUGCUGGCAAGGUAAGAAAAUUUGCAUAAUAUGGAAGCCCGAUAUAAAAUGUAUUCCAGAACAACUCUCACAAGCUUGAAGAAUCAUAGUUGACACAAUUCGUCCAUCUGACAAAGUAAGCCCUAGUUUGCAAAAGUUUGCCUGGUGGCUUUUAAAUGCUUGGACUACAUUUCCCACCUGGAACACUAGAUUGGCAAAUGCUGCCUUAUCCCAACUUUAAAGUGCCAUGGGAGUUUUUUAAUGCAUGAAAACUAAACCAGACAGUGGUCGAUUUUGCCCAGUAUUAUCACUUUGGCAUGAUUGCAGAUAGUAAUAUUUCUAUCCCAGCUACCUGCAAUACUAGGGCUUGAAUCUGAGACCUCCUACAAUCUGCUUUCUAACCAAAAAUUAUGCCUUGUGAAGAAUAACAGACCAACCACUGGCACAUUCUGUUUCUUAAAUUUUUGUGCCACCUUUACUCUGUAUUCACCAGAGUUACAAACUAGUAGCCUAAACCUAGUUUCAUCAAUGGGACAGCACACAGCAACUUCUCCAACCCAUUCACCGUAGAAAGGGGAAAUUAAGUGACUGCCCCUAAUACAGAAGCCAGUAACUGCAGUGGAAUCAUAAAUACUGUACUUUUCCAUGUAUAAGACUGGUUUUUUACUUUAAUGUUCAAAAUCUGGGCUCGUCUUAUACAUGGAUAGUAUCUCCUCCCAUUUUCUUAAAUUGGAGUCCCGCAAAAUAAGGGGUGUCUUAUACAUUUGACCGUCUUAUAGAUGGAAAAAUAUGGUAUAUGGAUAAAUGGAGGCUGUGGAAGACAAUGUUUGGGCAAUUUAGAAUACCUCAGAGGUCCAAGUGCAUCCAGCCCUCACAUACACCACUCAGAUCCCAGCUUCUCCUUAUGGGUCACAUAUAUUACUUGAUACCCUGCUCUGUAUUCCUGUCUGUGGCACAAAAAAGCACAACUACCACCACGUUAAAACAAAUAAAAAAUUCCAACUUACAACACUCUCCCCUCCCCAAACCAAAGUAACUUCUUUUUUAAAAAAUGCACAAUUUAUUCCAAUGAUGAUAUAGACGGGUUGUUAAAUUUUCAUUACUACCUCAGUAUUCCAGAGCUCCUGAUUAUAAGGAAGCAAUGUUGAAUGCAAGUAUUGUCUUUUCAAAUAAUAAGAAAA